AUGCUGGCGAUUGCCGAAGUUCUGCUCUUGCUCUUUCUCUUGCGCCUGCUCUCGCACUCUGGCUCCUGCCCCAUACAUCGUGAGGUGGGCAGGCCCAGUACCUCUGGGGCAUCUGGCGAUGAAGCGACAGAGCGUCUCGGGAAGUCGGUCCUUCCAGCGCUGUUUACACAGGCUUGGACCCAGUCCUUACGCAGCAGGUACCUCAAGUAUUCAGGUACACCUUGCACGGAUACCUCUUACCUAAGGACUAAGGUUGAUAGACGGGUCGGUCCAGAUCGCUCCUUACAUAAUCCCGCGACUGCUCAUAUAGACAGCCCAAAAACACACGCAUACACCGGGAGCUUUGGAAAGAAGUGGCCCAACCGUACCGAAUGCCAGGCCCCCGUUCAAUCCCUGUCCUAUCCGCCCAAACGUGAAAUCCACACCAGCCCGUCCAAGGGAUCCAACAGUGCAAAUCCCCCCUUCCGGCGACGAGAAAACCCAACCUAA